CGAGGAGGAAGACGGCUGAACCGGCGUACUCUAGACACUUUAAACAGGCUGAGGUCAGUUUGUCGUUUAUCACUCUUGUGUAUUUCAUGAAGCUGGGGUACAGUGUUGUGCAGGAAUCACUAUAAUCCUUGUCAUUCCUCCUGAGCCUGGUCGGUACUGUUGAAGCAGAAUCUCAAUGGAUUAGCUGGGGCUGCUACUGUGGGUCGUUUACUUGUAUGGAGAGAGUUUUCUGUCUGUCAAGUGGAAGGAAAAAUGAAGACUCUGAUGGUGUUUGAUUUCGACCACACUGUGGUGGAUGCCAACAGUGACACUUGGGUGAUUAGAUGCCUUCCAGGUCAGACUCUUCCUGAUGAAGUGAAGAAUUCCUACAGAAAAGGCCACUGGACUGAGUUCAUGGGAAGAGUCAUGAACCACAUAGGAAACCAGGAGGUCAGUCCUGACAGGGUCCGCAGUGUGAUGGAGACCAUCCCCUUCACACAUGGAAUGAUAGACCUGCUGACAUUCAUAUCAGAAAAUAAAAGCACCAUUGACUGCAUAGUCGUCUCUGAUGCCAACACCAUGUUCAUUGACUGGAUCCUCCACGCAGCGGGACUCCAGGCGGCCGUCGACCAGGUGUUCACCAACCCGGCUAAGUUCAACGAACUCGGGUACAUGGAGGUACAGUGCUACCACUCUCACGACUGCGAGCGAUGCCCCGUCAACCUCUGCAAGAGAAAAGUCCUGGAGCUGUACCUGUUGGAGCAGACUGAUCGAGGUGUGGAGUAUGACCGGGUAUUCUACGUGGGGGACGGUGGGAAUGAUCUCUGCCCGACUUCCUGUCUGAGAGGGCAUGAUGUUGUGAUGCCCAGGAAGGGGUACACCCUGGAGAAACUGCUGGCCCAAGUCAAGAGUCAAGAAGAUAGCGUUUCUUUGAGAGCGAGAGUCAUUGCCUGGAGCAGCGGCACUGAAAUCAUGGAGGAGUUGAAAACGAGUAUGCAGUCGCACCCCGGCCCUAAUGGAGGUCAACACUGAAUGGAUGUCGCAGUUGUAACUUAAAUAUUGCUCUCAUUCCAAAUAUUAAUCCUGCGCUGUAGCGGGCACAUACUGCCCCCUUAGAUUGUUUUAAAAAUGUGUGUAUUAUUAAGAAGGUAUUUAUCAUUUUUAACCACAAUUUUGAUUACAAAUCCUUGAAAAUGGACAA